AUGUUGCUUCUGGACGUUCGCACUAUCGUAGUUGAUCUAGAACAGGGUAAAUGUGAGUGUGGAGUGUUCCAAGUCGAGAAAAUGCCCUGUACACAUGUCCUUGCAGCGCUUGCCUCAGCUGGUGUGCACGUCUCACACCAUACAUGUGACACAUACUCGCAGGAAUGCUUGUAUGCGACCUACGCCCAUCCUAUAUAUCCUGAGGAGGAAAUUGACAACCACAAGAAGAAGAGCGAGCGGUGCCGACCUCCAAAACCGAAGGAUGGGCCUGGUCGUAAGAAGAAAUCAAGAUGGCAGUCGUGGCUGGAAAUUUCUAGGAAGUCUAAGAAGAAAGGCAAGAGUCGAAGGAAGAAGCCCAAAGUUUACAGCUGCUCCAAAUGCAAGCAACCAGGACAUACGCGCCCGUGUCCAAGCCUGCUGAGAAGUAAACUCGGCGGUGAUAUGAUCAUGGAGGAGGUUGCUGGGAACUUGGAUCAGGAAGCAGCUGGAGAGCUUGAACCAGAGGAGGAGCAGCUUGAACCUGAGGAAGCUCUGGAAGCCUUGGCCUUACCAACUGGUCCCAUCACAAGGUCCCAGACUAAGAUGCUCAACCAAGACAUUGGAAGAGUACUUAGCCGUUUGAGUCGGCAUGAUCAGGAGCUUAAACAUUCCACUUUGCCAUUCAAUCCAUUCUCAUCUAUCCCUUACUUUGAUCCAUUCAUCACUUCAUCAUCUCAAUCCAUUCCGCCAAGUUCUCUGGUUCCAUUCAUUCCAUCAUCAAUAUUCAACCUCUACUUGCUUCAAAGUGCCGAUCCUCAACAAGGGGUCUAUCAGGCGGUCUACGAGCGGUCUUCCGGAGGUCUACGAGGCUUUCACGUAGCUUCUCUGGAGGUCUACGAGGCUUUAACGGAAAUUCAGUGGAGGUUUACGAUGCCUACUAGACGUUAUCUCGCGAUCUGCUUAUACAUUCGUGGAGGUCUACGAGAUGUUCUCUGGCGGUCUAUUAUUGCUUUCGUACUAUUUGAUCAUUAUUAUUGUUUAAUACUAAGUGAUGAUUUCCUUGUUCGAGACAAGCCCUAA